AUGGACACCACCGCCGUCGCCGUCGCGGUGGCUGUCGCCGCCGCCGCUCUCCUCGUGCGGGUUGCCCAUGCCGACAUCAAGAUAGCGCCCAUCGUGUCCGACGCCAGGCCGAUCAUCUUCUUCGAGGAGUUUGGCUUCGCGAGCGGCGGUAGGGCGGCGGUCUCCAUACGCCGCGCGACGUGGCAGCUCCGUCCGGGGUCGUCACGCCUCACCAGCGUCGACUCCAGCCUCAUGGGGUUCGUGCUCAUCGCCGGCGCCCAGUUCCCGGGGAUCAACAACCAGACACAGUACUACGGCGCCGAUCCGGAAGGAGGCGGCAGGUUCUGCUUGCUGACGAGCGACUACGCGCUCCCGAUGCUCCGGCUCAGCGACGUCCCGCCGGGCGGGGUGACCACCACCGUGACCAUCGACUACCCCGACGCGUACGCCGUCGUCUUCAGCAACUGCCAGGGCGGCGUGGAGGUCACCAUGGACGUGCGCACCGAGAUGUACAACGUGCGCCGCGACGCCUCCGGCGGCGGGAUCAUCAGGGACUACCUCCCCGUCGGGCUGCAGCCGCUGCCGGGCAUCUACGCGGGCGUGGCGGCGGUGUACCUGGCGUUCCUGGCCGGGUGGGUGUGGACGUGCGUCCGGCAGCAUGCCACGACGGAGCGGAUCCACGCCGUGAUGGGCGCGCUGCUUCUGUUCAAGGCGCUCAAGUCGGCGUGCGCGGCCGAGGACGCGUGGUUCAUCGAGCGCACCGGCACGUCGCACGGCUGGGACGUCGCGUUCUACGUCUUCGGCUUCUUCAAGGGCGUCCUGCUCUUCACCGUCAUCGUCCUCAUCGGCACCGGCUGGUCCUUCCUCAAACCCUACCUCCAGGAGCGCGAAAAGAGCGUGCUGAUGAUCGUGAUCCCGCUGCAAGUGAUGGAGAACCUGUUGCUGGUGGUGAUCGGCGAGACGGGCCCGACGCGGCGGGGCUGGAUCGCGUGGACCCGGGACCGACGGCAAGGGGCGCGCAACCUCAAGAAGCUGACGCUCUUCAAGCGCUUCUACCUGGUCGUCGUCGGCUACCUCUACUUCACCCGGAUCAUCGUGUCAGCGUUCCUCGCGCUGCUCAACUACAGGUACCGGUGGGGAGUCGAUGUCGCAGUCGAGGCCGCGAGCUUCGCCUUCUACCUGUUCGUCUUCUACACCUUCAAGCCGGAGGAGAAGAACCCGUACUUGUACAUCGGCGACGAGGAGGAGGAGGAGGAGGAGGUCGACGGUGGGCACAUCGAGACGGACGAUGGGGCUUUCUGGGCUCUGAUUCAUGGGAUGCAGAGCCGUCUCCUGCCUAAAAGUCUUGUACGUAUGAUGUACUCCGUACGUGCUACUUAG